AUGGCCGUCGCCGUUCUCCGCAGCAUCGCUUUGGAGAGUGGUUUCAGGGACAUCUGGAUCAGGCAUUGGUGCGAGUCCGUUCGCGUCGCCUCCCCAGAUAGUGGCACUGAGAGCCACAGCGUAGCUUUCAAGGGUUUCACUGAGGCGUUCCUCAAGGGCCAGGCUUAUGAGAUCGGCGCGGUCAUCCCAGAUGGGUUUUUGUUCCCGAACGCGUUCUGGCUACCGGAGGGUAGUCGCGUGUGGGGCCUCAUCUUCAGAACAGCGUUCAACGGGAUGGGGCGGUGGGAGGCGUUCUUAGCGAUUUGA